GUAGACCUGCAACAAUAAGGUGGGUUUGAAUCGAAACAGGCUUUGGAGUUUGGACAACAGAAUUAUAACUGUCAGUGUCAGAAAGUAGAGAUGUUCUGAUUCUUGUCUUGCCACCUCGUCUAAUGUCUACGCUUUGCGAAAAGUAGAACAAUAACUGCAAACUAAAGCAAAAACUUGUUCAUGUUUUUGUGUUCAGUGUUCUUCUCAGAAGCUUUCCCCUUCUGAGCACGCCAUGUCUUCCUUUUCCACUCUCCGGAGAUUCUCACUUUUCACCCAACAACGCUUCCGUAACCUUCACUCCUCUUCCAUUUCCCAAUCCUCCUCCUCCUCCUCUUCCAACCCACAUAGUAAUCCCAAGUGGGGUUCAGCCAUUGUCGUAGCCUCUGCUCUUGCCCUUUUCUAUUGCUUCAACACACCCAAUUCACACUUCGAAUUCUCAAACAAUGCUCCUCGCAGUUCUUCACCGCCAUUGUUUGAAAAAUCAUCCCUUCCUGAAAGCACACAUGAUCACUUGCUUUUUGGAGAUGCCUACAGAAGCAAAGUUUUCUUCAACUAUGAGAAGCGCCUACGGUUGCAUAGUCCACCCGAAAAGGUUUUUGAAUACUUUGCAUCUUGUCGUACUCUAGAAGGAGAACUACUGAUGAAGCCAGUGGACCUAAUGCGAGCAGUUGUUCCUGUUUUCCCUCCUUCAGAAUCCAACCUUGUAAGAGAGGGAUACUUGAAAGGUGAAAGAAAUCCUGGCCAUUUAUUCUGUCCCCCUUCGGAGUUUUUUAUGCUUUUUGAUGUAGACAACGAUGGGCUUAUAUCUUUCAAAGAGUAUAUCUUUUUUGUAACUCUACUAAGCAUCCAAGAAUCAAGCUUUUCUGCAGCAUUUAAAAUGUUUGACAAGGAUAAUGACGGGGAGAUAGAUAAGGAAGAAUUCAAGAAAGUGAUGCAAUCAAUGCGAUCUCAUACCAGACAAGGUGUUCAACACGGGGAUGGACGACGAACUGGCCUAAAGGCCAAUGCUUCUGUAGAAAAUGGAGGGCUGGUGGAAUACUUAUUUGGUAAAGAUGGAAAGGGACGCCUCAAACAUGAUAAAUUCGUGCAGUUUAUAAGAGACUUGCAUGAUGAAAUUGUAGGGCUGGAGUUUGCUCAUUAUGAUUACAAAUCUCGAAAAACUAUAUCGGCCAAGGACUUUGCACACUCCAUUGUUGCUUCUGCUGACUUGAGUCAUCUGGGCAGGUUGCUUGAACGGGUUGAUGAAUUGAGCAAUGAUCCACGGUUUAAGGAUGUAUGCAUAACAUUUGAGGAGUUCAAAAAUUUUGCAGAGCUGCGGAAAAAAUUAUUACCAUUUUCAUUGGCCAUUUUCAGUUUUGCAGAAGUGCAAGGCCUGUUAACAAGAGAUGAUUUUCAGCGAGCUGCAUCACAUGUUUGUGGCGUAUCUCUCUCAGACAACGUGGUUGAGAUUGUUUUCCAUUUGUUUGACGCAAAUGAGGAUGGAAAUCUGAGUACGGAGGAGUUUGUUAGUGUGCUACAACAUCGAGAAAGAGACAUUGCUCAACCUGUGGAGACAGGAAUCAUGGGUUUCUUGUCAUGCUGCUGGAAAUGUACGGACACCUCUCCAUCUUCUCGGUUGUUUUCCUGAUCUUUACGUAUCCACAAGUCAAUGUGAAAUGUGAAUUAGUAUGUUGUAAAGUCAAUGUCAAUGUAAAUAGUCACCGUGUGAUUUCUGGCACUGUUUGGCCUUGCAGUUGCAGACUGUGUAAUCAUACCUCAGCUGUGGAAACUCGCAUAAGAUUCGUUUGAUUUAAUGAAAUUUGUUGUCGCAAAAUUCUAGCGGCAAUUGAUCA